CGCUCAGCUGGCAGACGCCGCCGGUGUGCUCAGCCGUCGCGGCGUGUGCGAUCGCGGAGGUGUGCUUCGCGUACCGUGGCGUGCGCGCGCGCGUGCAUCUAGGCGUUUUGGGAGCCGCGAAGCCAACGGUGAGGCCGUCGGUGCAGCGCCUUGACGACGCGAUCUUCGUUGAGACUACACCAACAUCAUGACUUCGUCGACGCCAGAGCGCGCGGUCCCUUCGAAAGGUCUGGUCCUGGGAGUGGACCUGGGCACGACCACGGUCAAGGCGUGCCUCGUGUCGGCCGAAGAAGGCGGCUCCGCGGUGUCCUCGUUGUCGCGGGAGACGAAGGCGACCCUCGCCAGCGACCUGGGUUCUCUGGGCAGCGAGCAGGACGCGCACAAGAUCUGCACCGCGCUGCAGUUCUGCCUGUCGCAGCUGCCCAAGGAACAGUUGGCUCGCGUGACGCGCGUCGCCGUCUCGGGACAGAUGCACGGCGUCGUCCUCUGGAAGCACGACAGCGGCUGGAAGCGCAACGCGUUCGGACGCUUCGACGUGGACGUGGUGAGCGCGCUGUACACAUGGCAGGACGGCCGUUGCUCGGCCGCCUUCCUGGACUCCCUGCCCAGGCCCCGGUCGCACCUGCGGCUCAGUUCGGGCCACGGAUGCGCCACGCUCUUCUGGCUGCUCAAGCAUCGCGCGCGCGAGCUCGAGCGCUUCGACCGCGCGGGCGCCGUGCAAGACUUGGUUGUGGCGAUGCUGUGUGGUCUCGAUAGGCCCGUCAUGUCGACGCAGACGGCUGCCUCGUGGGGAUACUUCGACACCGUCGCCGGACAGUGGAACACCGACCUACUACGCGAAGCGAGCUUCCUGGUGGACCUCCUUCCGGACGUGGUCGAGCCGGGCGCCGUCGCUGGCCGCCUGGAGCACCCCUGGUACGGCAUCCCCGCGGGCACACCCGUGCACGCAGCGCUCGGCGACAUGCAGUGCUCCGCUCUGUCCGUGGGCGCCGGAGAGACGGACGCCGUGCUGAACAUGAGCACGUCGGCGCAGCUGUCGUUCCUACUGGAGGCGUCGUUCGUGCCGCCGACAAGCCUGGACACGGGUAGCACCCUGGAGGCCUUUCCUUACUUCGGCGGCCGGUACCUGGCUGUGGCCGCAUCCCUCAACGGUGGCAACGUGCUGGCCGUAUUUGUCCGCAUGCUACAGCAAUGGAUGCACCAGCUAGGCACGGGCAUUCCUGAGAGCGCCAUCUGGGAUAGACUCCUUGCUGCGGGAACCGACGAACGGAGCGCUGCCUCCGCCAACGCACAAGCCUCGUCGGGCGACGCCGCGACGCCUCCCCCACCGGACCUCGUAGUGACACCGACGGUGUUCGGCGAGCGCCACAUGCCGGGUGCCCGCGCAUCUGUGUCCGGAAUCGGGCCGCAGUCGGCGCUCAGUCUGGGCUCCGUUCUUCGCGCCCUGUGUCAGGGUCUGGCGCGCAACCUGCACACCAUGAUGCCCGGCGAGAUGCUAGAGCGUGCGGGCGUGCGCCGAAUCGUUGGCACCGGCAAAGCGUUGACACGCAACGUGUGCCUGCAGCAGGCCGUCCACGAUGUCUACGGCAUUCCCCUCGAGCUGGGCGGCAAAGGAGACGCGGCGCUGGGCGCUGCACUUGCGGUGCUUGCCCACUCAUCCAGCACGAAAGCCUAAUUGGGGUCGCAUGAACGAGCGAGUGGUGAUGUAGAUAUCGAUCUUUUUUUGUUUCGUAGGUUAGGCACGGAAUUCGAGAGCAAAGCACGGAGCAGGAGAGAAGGAUUAGUGACAGCUGUGUCGCGUGUGGUUUUGGCAUUUCGUAUUCGUCAUUCCGCGAAGUGUACCUUCGAAAUUAGCGGCUGUGUCCUGUUGCGCAGCUCAAGACGAUGCGGCUGACUCACUGAAGGACUCGGAAUCCCGGUUUAGGCUUGCCUGAGUUUUUGCAACAUCUAUAGCGCUUACCUAAAAGGAAGUCUAGCCGCCGGGCAAUGAUAUUGAUACUAAGGGUGAGCGACUCAAAUGCGUGCAGCGCCUGGUCGGCGCCACGGUUUUGUUCUCUGCUGAAAUGCAAUAUCCCUUCCGCGAUGUACUCUUGUUCAAACAGAAUUGGGGCAUUGUGCGUUCAUGUCAUUGCUAAAGUUUGGUUUCAGGCUUCCUUUACGGCAGCAAUUAAAGCUUAGUAACCGCUAUAUAUGCGUAGGAGUAGUGCACUGCACGAUACCCUGAGCUUCUUUGGGGCAUGUUUUGGUAGUCAAUAAAUUCACACAUUCUGUAGUCGCUGGACAGUGCUUCCAACAUAGCUGAUGACUUGCCUUUACAAGGAUAUUCACCAGGAUAUUCAGUGUGUCCAUUUGCAGUAUGAAAGCAGGAGCGAUGCCACAAGCAUGAUGGAGCUGUGCCAUAUCAUCAACUUUGCGAUUUGACAUAUUGCGAAUUCUGUGCUCGAGGACGGUGAUGGAAUACGGAGGAAUGAUUGCAUUGCCGAUAGGUGAGGGUGACCAGGUUGGAGAAAAUUGCAGCAACUGCUGGGAAACAGAGAAGCUUUUUAUAUGAACAUGCAUACGGGCAUGCUGAUGUUUCUUUUUGAUUAUUACUCCUUUUGACCGUUUUACCAGAGUGUUUGUGAAACCACUGCAGUCACAUCUUACUCCUGGCGUAAAUAGGUCACGGGAACAAAGAUUUUAAGAUACCACCUUACCUCUAAAAUAUGAUGCUGUAUCAACGAAUAAUAUGCGAAAGGAUGCUGUGUGCAGGGCUACUGUGAGUGAAGAUGGCGAGUGAUGUUGAACUUGUAUUUAUGUUUAUUACAAUGAAGUGUUGCAACAUGCAGGAAAGAAUAAUGAAAUGAAAACUUAUUUGUGGAAGUAACAGCACCUACAAUUACUUCGAUAUAUGUGCUCAGACAUUAUCUAAAGUACUGGCACCAUUUCUCUGUUUACAUUAGAAGUUUAAGCAACUCUUUAUGCUUGAUUUACUAUCCGACUACAAAGACAAAGUAAUAUCGACAACCAGUAUAUCCAAUUAUUCGACAACACUGCACUUCGAGCCUUGCAAGUUUUACAGUAUUAGCGUCUUGAAUUGGGCUGGUUGGUACACACUGAUUUUCAACGAAGAAACAGCGCUAG